AGUCAGUAUAUUAUAAACUUUUAGCCGCUACAAACGGUUGCAACCGUCAGUUCGAUUGCACAAUUUAAGCCAUUCAAGAUGUCGGAAGUGAUUGAAAUGAUCAUGAUACUCAUUAUAGUGACUUUGUGUUUUCUAAUGAUUCCGUUCAAUCUACAACCCAACACGGUGAUAGAAGCACGGAAGAAGUUCGACACCUUCAUCCGGCUUUACGGAAAACCUUAUCGAUAUAAUGUGCGCGAGUACGAGCAUCGUUUUCAGAUAUUUCGAUCUUCGCUGAACAAAAUAGCAACGUUAAAUGCUCACCGCGCUGAGAAUGAUACUGCCAUUUACGGUAUCACACAGUAUGCCGAUCUUACGGACCAGGAGUUUCUGCAACUAAAACUGGCCGAUUUGAAACAAAGCCAGACGCUCGAUAAAUUCAUCAUAGAAUCGAAAAGCUCGGAAAUGAAGGAUGACAUCAUAUUCUCACGAGCUAAACGAGCAGCACUUAAAAUACCGGAAAAUUUACCAAAAGUUGUUGAUUGGCGAGAAAAGGGUGUCGUAGCACCUGUCAAAUCUCAAGGAGCAUGUGGUGCAUGCUGGGCUUUCAGUGUCGUUGACACGAUCGCAUCGAUAACCGCUAUCAAGAGACAGCAGAAUGUUACCGAUUUGUGUGUCGAACAAGUGAUCAACUGCGCUGGCAAUGACAACUUCGGAUGUGAUGGUGGUGAUACGUGUCGUUUGCUAGAGUGGUUAAGGAGCAACAAUCAUAAGCUCACCACGCAGAAGGAAUGUCGAACUGUUUUGUCGUUGGAAAAUGGUACAACAUGUCUGUUCGGGAAAGCUUUAAAAGGAGAGUUCAUGACAGUGGAGAAAUACACGUGUGCAAGUUUAGUGGAUCGUGAGGACUUGAUGCUGCGAUAUCUGGCAAACCAUGGCCCAAUCGUAGCGGCAGUGAACGCCAUCUCCUGGCAAUACUACCUAGGUGGAGUUAUACAGUACCACUGUGACGGCAGCUUCGAGGAACUUAAUCACGCGGUGGAGAUCAUAGGCUACAAUCUGGAAUCGAACAUCCCUUACUAUCUGGUUAAGAACUCUUGGGGACCUAGAUUUGGUGACCACGGGUUUAUCAAGAUUCAGAUAGGGAAAAACUUGUGCGGGAUCGCCAAUCGAGUUUCUAUAAUUGAUUUGAUCUAGAAAAAAAACCAGUUUGAAUAUACAUUCUUGUGUCGCUGAUUUAUUUUAUUUAGAAUUUCUUAGUUUGUUGUAUAAUAUGUUCUCGUGUUAUAUACAUUAAAAUGCUAUCCGUAUCUUCUUGAUCAUGUCAGUCCACGUUCUAUUGUGUAUCUGCCAGGUGUGUGUCAGGUUAUUUUUUGUUGUUCAGAAUAUACUUUUUACAAAUAUGAAUUGUGAUGCGACUAAAAGAAAGAAAAUUGCGUCCCAUUUCGGUUGGCUUUGCUUCUAUUUUAAAUAUCGUUUGUGUAACAUUAUCAACUAUGGUAAUGAGUUUUUGUGAAUCUUUCGAACGAAGCUCGUCAAAAGUCCAAACAGCAAUCAGCAACAAUAUCAUUGUCACGCAGUCGCUCGAUGCAGAUUUUUUGUCGUUUCUAAAAUGUAGCGCUAAGUUCAGUGUAUGUCAACGCAAGCUGGAAAACUGUUUAUGACUAUCUUGAGAUUUUUUUUGUACAAAACAAAUUGAAGUUUACGAUUGCUAGAAAAGGCACUCCCUAAGACCAGAAAUCAAAAAUUCGAAGAAAACUGUAUGGCAUUUUUAACACGAUGUAUAUGUUUUGGUGCUCAGAUGUCUGAAAAAUGUUUUCCAUGUACAAUUUGAUUAUAGCAAGGCGGUACAGGCAUACUCGAUUUCUAAUUGUAUAAAAUUUUCUAAUAGUAUAAAUGCUUUCAUAUCACGAAUGUGACAAAGGCAACCAAUUGCUGUUUGAACAAACGAGAAAAAUUUGUGAAAUUGUUUACAUGAGUAUAUAAUAAUGUUGAGCGAAUGGAUAAUCCUUACUGAAACAAACGUGGUUUUCCUUAGUUUUUGUUGGAGAUAAUGAAGUAAUUGAAAAUUACGCUAACCCUUUUUGUGUCAAUACUCUCUCAAUAUCGAACGCAAUGAACAUGUCGUGAAAAUUUGCUACGCAAGUGGAAUUUUCUCUUAUUAUAAAUCUAUAUACGGUGCAUUUAACCUAUCGAUCAGUGGUUUAAGGCGAAACUUGUUUUCUGUACAAAAAAUUGAUUCUGGUAUUACGAAAUGCGUGUAUUAAUUAGAGAUCGGAUGGGUGUACCUAGAAGUAACGAUAAUUUAGAGGAAAAAAAGGUUGAUUUAUUUGAUAACAUGACUACGAAUGUAAUCAGGACAUUGUUUACUAGUGAAUGCAACUAAUAAUCUCAAAAUACUAUCACACAUGUUUGUUUUUUCAUGUUUACAAAACUAGUUUAAUGAUAUCUCUCGCCUGCCUCUAUGCGUUCAAUUACUGAAUUUAAAACCCCUAUUUACUAUUAUUUCGUUCCUAACGAGUUUCGUUAUAAAAGUCUUUAUUUACACACUACUCUCCUUGAACUGCACUCAAAUAAAGACUCCCCUUUUUGAUAAUCAUUCUUUUUCUUCUACCAACUUAUCGGAGCCGCGUCAUGAAACCAUUGGUAAACGGAAUUACGGCUUAGCACAGAAUAGACUAAAUUUUUCCGCAAUUGCUUACGAAAACCGAGAGGUUGUCUUCGUGAAGGAGUGAAUCAAAAGCAUCUAAAUUGAACCACUUUCGUUUUUUUAGAACUAAUGAUUGCUAUGAAAUCAGUCUCGUAUAAAUGUAAAUAAUACAUUUCCCACUUUUUUUUGAAGGGAUGUUUUGAAAGCGUAUUAUGACUAGAUAAAAAGCUGACGAAGUCGAACUAUAUAAUCAUUUGUGGAUAUGAAAUUCGAAUGAAUUAUUGUAUAAAAUACGUCAAGAAACUAUUGAUUGCCACGUGCUGUGUUGAAUUAUUCUUCUCAGUUGUAAUAAACUUAUCAGGGUUUUCUCUUGCCUACUGUAAAUAAUAUGUUCGAUUCAUUUUGCCUGUUUGUCUACAUACAGUUUCAAUUGAAUUUAUAAAAAUACCCAAGCAAGUGUUAUCUUUGAAAGGUUUUCUCAAAGUGAUUAGGAAGAUUCCUGUUUUUGUUUUGCUUUAAAGUUGUCAUACAAAAAUGUCUCAUUUUUUAGGUUCUCAUGAGUGAGUUAUCUUGAUAUUACAGAAU